CUUUCACUACCUCUCUGUGUAUCUAACCAGGCUGAGGAUACUCCAUUGUUGAGGGUGAUGGACAGCUCCACCCUGAGCUGGCACACAAGAAUCAAGGGCUUCCUCAUCUGCUUCAUACUUGGCUUUGUGCUCUCAAUGCUGGGCUCUGCCCUCAUAUUCCUGCCUUUUGGUCUCACCAUCUUCGCCAUCCUUUACACAUUAGGCAACUGUCUGGCACUCGUCAGCACCUGCUUCUUGAUGGGACCGCUGAAGCAGCUCGAGAGAAUGUUUGCCCCCACGCGCCUCGUAGCCACCAUCAUCAUGAUCCUCGCUCUCAUCAUGACGCUUAUUUCAGUCUUUGUAUUGGGCAACAAGAUGCUGGCGCUGGUGAUGGUGUUCGUGCAGUUCCUGGCCAUGACCUGGUACUCGCUCUCCUACAUCCCCUACGCCAGGGAUGCUGCUAAGAAGUGCUUCGAGUCCUGUAUCGGUUGAAGCUUCUUGUGAUUUUCCUUUAUUAAUCAGGACCAAUUAUUUAAAUUAUUAACCUGUAGAA